UUUCAGUCCACUGUUUCCCGUCGAGCAGUCGGACCUAGCUGCAGUUCCACACAGCAAAAUGGCGUCGCGGGAUGAAUCGGUGAGGGAGUUUGUUGCAGUUACCGGUGUUGAGGAGGAGAGAGCCCGGUUUUUCCUCGAAUCAGCUGGCUGGGAUUUGCAGCUUGCCCUUGCCAGCUUCUUUGAGGAUGGAGGAGAUGAUGAUAUUGUUACCCUUCCUCAGCCAGAAAGCGGCCCGGGCCCUCGAUCCACAGGACCAAGUGAACACCGAGUGACUUCCUUCAGAGACUUGAGGCAUGAAGAUGAAGAGGAGAGUGAUGAAGAAGGUCAGAGGUUCUUCGCUGGUGGUUCAGAACGCAGUGGUCAGCAGAUUGUUGGUCCACCCAAGAAGAAGAGCACAAAUGAGGUGGUUGAGGACUUGUUCAAGGGUGCUAAGGAGCACGGGGCCGUUCCAGUCGACAGAGCAGGCAAAGGGCCUGGAGAGUCUAGCAGGGCUAAGGCAUUUGUAGGAGGUGGUUAUCGUCUGGGUGCAGCACCAGAAGAAGAGUCCGCCUACGUGGCUGGAGAGAGGAGAUCCGCUAACAGUGCACAAGAUGUACAUGUGGUGCUGAAGCUGUGGAAGACAGGAUUCAGCCUUGAUGAUGGAGAGCUCAGAAACUACAAUGAUCCUGGGAAUGCCCUCUUCCUGGAGUCCAUCCGCAGGGGGGAGAUUCCUCUGGAGCUGAGGCAGCGCUCUCGUGGUGGGCAGGUGAAUCUGGAUAUGGAGGACCAUAGGGACGAAGACUUCAUCAGACCCAAGUCUGCCUUCAAGGCUUUUACUGGGGAGGGGCAGAAACUGGGCAGUGCCACUCCAGAAUUGGUAUCUGUCCCAAGAAUGGAUCAGGCACAUCAGGCUGCGAGCGAGGCUCAGGCCUGCGCAUCUAUUAGCGUGGAUGAGUCGCAGCCCGUCACCAACAUCCAGAUCAGACUGGCUGAUGGAGGACGACUGGUGCAGAAGUUUAACCACACCCACAGGGUCUCUGAUGUACGCCAGUUUGUGGUGAACGCUCGGCCAGCCAUGGCUGCAGCGGAGUUUGUCCUCAUGACAACUUUCCCCAACAAGGAGCUGACAGACGAGAGUCUGACACUGAAGGAGGCCAACCUGCUGAACGCAGUCAUUGUGCAGCGGCUAAAGUGAUGAUACCUUGUAGUGGCUAUGUUUUAUCACAGCACUCUGAGUUUCCUACUCAGUGGGGGAUGUAUGGACUUGAGGACUUAUCAUUACUUAAUUUUUCUUUCCUUAGUGACAUUUUUCCUCUUUGGCAAUUUUGUGAUGGUGUGUACCUUUUGGAUAUGACAGAAUGGAGCAGGGGAAAAAUAAAAAUAAUUCCUAUGAGAUGCGUUAAUGGAAGGAGAGAAGUAUGGAGUUUCCCUACAUAAUUUACCAAUUAAAAAAAAUACUAGGAAAACACACCCAAACUGAAAAUAAAGAGCUUUCUAAAUAGUUUUCACCUCAAUGUUUUUACCUCAGUGUUUCUUAAGCAGUUCUACUGUUCUUCUUUUACCUCUUCAUUUUCUCUUUUCUUAAUGCAAUCUGUCUCUCACCAUAAUCACCACUCUCACCAAACUCCCAAUGCCUUUAGCCUUAUAAUCCAACACCCACUCCAAUGGACUUCAGAUUUAAUUGCAACACAAAAAAGUUAAAAUAUUUUUUCUAUUGUUUUUUUUUUUUCCUUUCAGUAAGAAAGCUGAUGAUUAACACUAAAAUGGUUUAUUUUUAAUUGACAGCUGCACCUUAUUCAUUUUGUUGCCUGAUUAUAUGCUAGCAAGAUAAGAAAAUAGCUGGUUGAGCCGACCACUUGCUUUGCUGCUAAACACAUCGGCAGCUAUAUUGUAUUCUAUGCAGCCACUUGUAGAACUGGAGACACUGCGUGGUUGUGUGGAGAUGUGGUAAUUCUGCGAUUAAAAUCUCUCUGUCUACCUAUC